AUGGCAAUGUCAGAUCUCACAGCAACCGUGAUCCCAAAGCCAGACGGGGCGGACGACGAGUCGGUGGAGAUCCGAGAGGUGUGGGCGGACAACCUGGAGGAGGAGUUCGCGCUGAUCCGCGACAUCGUCGACGAGUUCCCGUUCGUCGCGAUGGACACGGAGUUCCCGGGCAUCGUCUGCCGGCCCGUCGGCUCCUUCCGCUCCCCCGCCGACUACAACUACGCCACCCUCAAGGCCAACGUUGACAUGCUGCACCUCAUCCAGGUCGGCCUCACCUUCUCUGGGCCGGGCGGCGAGCUGCCGGCCCUCGGUGCUGGCCGCCGCCGCUGCGUCUGGCAGUUCAACUUCCGCGAGUUCGACGACGCGCGCGACAUCUUCGCGUCCGACUCCAUCGAACUGCUCCGUCGCAGCGGCAUCGACUUCCGCAUCAACGCCGAGCGCGGCGUCGAUGCCCGACGGUUCGCCGAGCUCCUCAUGUCCUCUGGCGUCGUGCUCAACGAUUCCGUAUACUGGGUCACCUUCCACGCAGGAUACGACUUCGGGUACCUACUGAAGAUUCUCACCUGCAAUAGCCUCCCAGACACACAAACCGGGUUCUUUAAACUUAUGAAGAUAUAUUUCCCGACUGUGUAUGACAUCAAGCAUCUCAUGAAGUUCUGCAACAGCCUGCACGGCGGGCUGGACAAGCUCGCUGAGCUACUUGAUGUGGAGCGCGUUGGGGAGUCUCAUCAGGCUGGGUCCGAUAGCCUGGUCACGUCCUGUGCAUUCUGGAAGCUCAAGGAUUCAUUCUUCGUGGGCUCAACAGAGAAAUAUGCAGGUGUCCUGUACGGGCUCAAUGCAGAGAAUGGUGUUAGUGCACAUUGA